AUGUCGUGCUUCUGCUUCCUCGGCAGGCGCAAUGUUCGAAACAACGUCCGCGAUGACCUCGAGACAGGCUCGCUGAAGCAAUACUCCCGCGGACAGGUCAGUUCCGAGGGCAAGCUGGACCCGUGCGCGUCCGCAGACACCGCGGUGAAUCGGCCGCAUGAGAGCGAGAGCGACACGACAGCGCAUUGCGAGAGCCUCCGCGGCUUCACGCAUCUUCAAACCGUCCCUUUCACGUUCUUCAACGCGUCCGGCGAGCGCGAUGCCGAGGCGCGCGGGCUCAAGUGGCAGAUAGUGAGUCCAUGGUGCCCCGAGGAGCUGGCGCGCCCGUCCUGGCACGCCAGCCAGCUGCAGCCCCUGGAGUGCAUCGGACGAGGCGCCAGCUCCGGCGUCUGGAAGGCCAGAGACACCGUGUCUGGGCAGAUUUUCGCCGUGAAGGCAUACAAGCUCUCCAGCAUGGCGAGCAACGCGCAGAUGCUCCUCCCGAGCGAGGCGGCGAUCCACGCGUCCCUCCCGCCGCACAGGAACGUGCUGCAGCUGUACGCCGCCUUCAUGGACAGCGUCGCCUGCUACUUCAUCCUGGAGUACGCCGAAGCCGACCUGCACCGCAUGCACGACCGGCUGCCGUGGCUCCAGGCCCGCGAGGAGCGCCGCCUCGCGCGGGACGUGCUCCUCCCGCUGCUGUCGGGGCUCGCGCACUGCCACUCGCACGGCAUCAUCCACCGCGACAUCAAGCCCGAGAACCUGGUCUUCGGGACCGACGGCCGGCUGAAGCUGUGCGACUUCGGGUUCGCGAUCGACCUCGCCCGGCACCGCCCCACGACGCGCCUCGGGACGCUCGAGUUCAUGGCCCCGGAGGUGCUGACCAGCGGCAACCGGCGGGACGGCACCGUCGCGCCGCGGCGGCAGCGGCGGCCGUACACGAGCGCCGCGGACGUGUGGUCCGUCGGCGUCCUCGCGUACGAGAUGCUCGUCGGGCAGUCGCCGUUCCUGCGGGACGACGUCAGCCAGACGUGCACGGCCAUCACGCGCGCGGACUCCAUGCCGCACCGCCCGACGGACAUCAGCGCGUCGCUCGCCGCGCGGUCCUUCGUCGCGGACUGCCUCCGGCGCGACGCCGCCCGCCGCCCCUCGGUGUCGGACCUCCUCAAGUACGAGUGGCUGACCAAGUCGGCGUCGCGCGGCGGCGGGAAGGCCUGGCUGCCGAGCGCGCUGCUUGGCAGCAGGUCCUCGGACUGGCGCGCCCUCGCGCAGGCGGAGGACGCGCGCGCGGGGAACCGGCGCCCGGAGAGCCGCCGCCAGACGCGCGUGACCUCGCAGAUCUGA